CUCCAUUUCUCCACUCACAUCAUUUCCAUCGCUCUUCCUCAUCUCUCAAGAUGUUCAGGAGCGCCCUUCAGAACUCUGCCCUUCGGGCCUCAACGAGAGCCGCCUUCAGACCAGCAGUCUCGACUGGAUUAAGAGCUGGUGCGGCCCGUUUUGCAAGUGACAGUGCUUUACAUGGCAAGAUUCAUCAAGUCAUCGGUGCCGUCGUGGAUGUAAAAUUUGAUACCGACAAGCUUCCUCCGAUUCUUAAUGCUCUCGAGACCGACAAUGGUGGCCAAAAGCUCAUCCUCGAGGUCGCGCAACAUUUGGGAGAGAAUGUCGUCCGAACAAUUGCUAUGGAUGGUACUGAAGGUCUCGUCCGUGGCCACCGUGCAACCGAUACUGGAAACCCAAUCAUGGUUCCAGUCGGCCCAGGAACUCUCGGUCGUAUCAUGAACGUUACUGGUGACCCAAUCGAUGAGCGUGGACCCAUCAAGUUCACCAAGAAGCUCCCUAUCCACGCCGAUGCUCCUCCUUUCACCGAACAAUCCACAGCUGCUGAGGUGUUGGUCACCGGUAUCAAGGUCGUCGACUUGCUUGCCCCAUACGCUCGUGGAGGAAAGAUUGGUCUUUUUGGAGGAGCUGGUGUCGGAAAGACUGUGUUCAUUCAAGAGUUGAUCAACAACAUUGCCAAGGCUCACGGUGGUUACUCCGUGUUCACUGGUGUCGGAGAGCGUACUCGUGAGGGUAACGAUCUGUACCAUGAAAUGCAGGAGACUCAAGUUAUUCAACUUGAUGGAGAGUCCAAGGUCGCUCUGGUCUUCGGUCAAAUGAACGAGCCACCCGGAGCCCGUGCCCGUGUUGCUCUUACAGGGCUAACAGUAGCUGAGUAUUUCCGCGAUGAGGAAGGUCAAGAUGUGUUGCUCUUCAUUGACAACAUUUUCCGUUUCACUCAAGCCGGUUCCGAAGUGUCUGCUCUUCUUGGUCGUAUCCCAUCUGCCGUCGGUUAUCAACCAACUCUCGCCGUCGAUAUGGGUCUUAUGCAAGAACGUAUUACCACUACUACUAAGGGAUCCAUUACCUCCGUCCAGGCCGUCUAUGUCCCCGCUGAUGAUUUGACUGAUCCUGCCCCUGCCACCACCUUCGCCCAUUUGGACGCCACCACUGUGCUUUCCCGUGGUAUCUCUGAGUUGGGUAUCUACCCUGCUGUCGAUCCUCUUGAUUCCAAGUCUCGUAUGUUGGAUCCCCGUGUUAUCGGACAAGAUCACUACGAUACUGCCACCAAGGUCCAACAAAUGCUUCAAGAGUACAAGUCUCUGCAAGAUAUCAUUGCCAUUCUUGGUAUGGAUGAAUUGUCAGAAGCUGAUAAGUUGACUGUCGAGCGUGCCCGAAAGCUUCAACGUUUCUUGUCACAACCAUUCGCUGUCGCUCAAGUUUUCACUGGUAUUGAGGGUGUCUUGGUCGAUCUUAAGGAUACCAUUCGAUCGUUCAAGGCUAUCAUGAACGGUGAGGGUGAUGACCUGCCUGAAGGAGCAUUUUAUAUGGUGGGCGAUAUUGAUGCUGCUCGCGCGAAGGGUGAGAAGAUUUUGGCGGAUCUUGAGAAGGAAUAGACGUCAGACCAUAGAUGUGAGAGG